UGUAAUCUUACUUUCUUCAUUUCUUGUCCUUUUUCUAUUAACGUCUAUAAAAUUUCUACAAUUUAAACAACUUAUAACCUUUGAUCGAUUCCCUCGAAAAGGUUUCUAAUUCUGGAAAACCCUCGUAGUAUACCAAUCUAUUAAGGCCGAAAGUGAGUCAACAAAACCCUAAUAAUUAAGUAUGGGGAGAGGAAAGAUUCAAAUCCGGAGGAUCGAUAAUUCGGCUAGCAGGCAAGUGACUUUCUCGAAAAGGAGCCGUGGAUUGUUGAAGAAGGCAAAGGAGUUGGCGAUUCUUUGUGAUGCUGAAGUUGGACUCGUUAUCUUCUCUAACACUGGGAGACUCCAUGAAUAUUCUAGCUCAAGCAUGACAAAGAUAACUGAACGAUACAACAAAGCAAAGGAUGAACAUCAUCAUAUGUUGAAUCCCACUAUGGAAGUUGAGUUUUGGCAAGGGGAAGCAGCUCGGUUGAGACAACAAUUACAAUGCUUGCAGCAUAGCAACAGGCAGCUUUCUGGAGAAAGGAUUUCUGGCUUGAGUGUCAAAGAACUACAAAAUCUGGAAAACCAAUUGGAAACAAGUUUAAAAAGUGUUCGUAUGAAAAAGGAACAAAUUUUCACAGAAGAAAUCAAAGAAUUACACCGAAAGGAGAAUCUUAUGGUUCAAGAAAAUAAAGAACUACACAACAAAGUAAACCUCGAGAAUCAAGAGAAAGCAGAAUUGCAAAAGAAGAUUUAUGGAUUGUGGAGUACGAAUGAAGUAAACAAACACUACAACACCUCCUUUUCCUUAAGCAUUGAUAACAACUUAAAUGCAACACAGAAGGAUGACAUAACAGCAGAAGCCAUGAAACUAAGGUUAUAACGAAUCGACAUAUCUGGUAGGGACCAUGAAAUUGUUUUUAUAACAAAUGUACAAGAGACUUGAGCAAUAGAAGGUGCACCUAGGGACCACGAAUCGACAUAUGCUGUAUUCUGCUGUAAAGCUCCACCAACAUUGUAAAAAGAUUCAAUCAUGCAUAGGUCGUCAAUGUAUUCUACGAAUUCCGAAUGUAUAGUUUCAAUAAUAUAAAAUGUGAGGAGUAUGAUUUAAGAUGUUCUAAAAUAUGAUGUCUUUAAAUUAAGUAUGUAUGUACUCUGUAUUGUCCAGAAAACCAAAAGUGUCAUCCAAGUUAUUUUCAUGGACAAAUUACUUGGCAUGUUUUGGAUACAUGAUUUCUUUGUUGUUUCUGUUGAUAUUAAUAUGCAUGGCCCCUUUGUUCCUAAAUAUAA